UGUGACUGUGCUAAGUGUAGAUUUUGGAAAGAUGCAAGCCCUGAGGUUCCCUGGGGUGGGGCGCUGGCUGGCAACACUGCAGCGGGGCCACAGACCAGCAGCAAGAUCAGGAUCAAGAUUAGCUUCCACCAGCCCACUCUGAAGCGGGAUGGAGAUGACCUUACCUCGUGGCUUGGUAAGGUCACACCAACACCUCACCACAACUUUCGCCUUCUGGAGGACGCCGCCGCAAGAUGGAGCCACUUCACUGCCCUGGAAUGCGGGGUCACGGGGCGGUCUCUGACGUACGGGGCGCUCCGGGAUCUGUGGCGGAGGUGUGGCGGGGCGCUGGCGGGGCGGGGCGUGACACGGGGUCAAAAUGUAGCUCUACUGAUGCUAAAUUCCCCAGAUUUCGCUGUGGUGUUUGGCGGGGUGUUUGCCACGGGCGCCACCUCCCCCAUCAACCCGUCCUUCACCCCAGGUGAGAUAGCAAGACAGGUGCAGAACAGCCGGCCCACAGUCUUAAUCAGUGACGCGCGCUUAGAAACACUAGCAGAGGCAGCUCUAGCCCUCCUGCCAGCCCCGCCCCCGCUCCUGCUGAUGGGGGGCGGCGGGGACGGGGGGCGCGGAGACCUGCUGGAGGAGGCGCAGGAUAAGAACACCCCAUUUGCGAAGGAUGUUGAGGUACAAGACGAGGAUAACUGUGUCCUCUUGUACUCUAGCGGCACAACUGGGGUUCCUAAGGGCGCUCCAACAAGACAGGGCUCAAUUAGACACAACCUUCCUGCAGUAUUACAUCCCGGAGUCAACCCGUAUAGAGAGGCUGAAGGGGACUGGCAGGAGACGGUGUUGGGUCUAAUGCCAUUCUUCCACGCCUGGGGGCUGUACACUGUCUUGAACUGCAGUCUGCUUCAAGGUGCCAAGGUCGUGACUCUUCCUGCCUUCCUACCUGAGCUGUUUCUCCCUGCCCUGGCCAAACACAAGAUUGGCGUCCUGCACGUGGUCCCGCCCUUGAUCCAGUUCCUCGUGGGUCAUCCGGCCGUGACCUCGCGUGACCUUGAAAGUCUCCGAGUGGUGAUGUGCGCCGCCGCCCCGUGCCCCGCCGCCGCCGCUCACGCUCUGAAGGACAAGGCGCCCAACCCUAUAUUUUUUCAGGAGGCUUAUGGCAUGACAGAAACAAUGCCAACUCAUUUCACUCCCCUGGGACACGAGCGUCUGGGGUCUUGUGGCCACCUUCUUCCCGGGGUGACCGCCAGGGUGAUGGAGGUGAGGGACGGGGAGCCUACGACACCCCUGCCCCCCAACACCCCAGGGGAAUUGUGGGUGAAGAGCCCUGGGGUGAUGUCUGGCUAUCUGGGUGACGAAGAGGCCACACGGGGCGCCUUCACGGGUGAUGGGUGGCUGCGGACGGGUGACAUUGUGACCUAUGAUAGCGACGGGUACUUCUAUGUGGUGGACAGAAUCAAAGAGCUCAUCAAGGUCAAAGGUCAUCAGGUCUCCCCUUCCGAGGUAGAGGCAGAGCUCCGUACCCUGCCAGGCGUAGUAGAGGCAGGGGUGGUGGGGGUGCCAGAUGACAGGACAGGGGAGGCAGUAAGGGCCUUUGUAGUCAAGAACAGCGACAGCCUGACAGGGGAGGCCGUGCAGGGGUACAUAGCAGGGAGGCUUGCCCCACACAAACACUUGACAGGGGGAGUGGUCUUCGUGGACGCCCUGCCAAAGAGCCCUGCCGGAAAGUUGCUGAGGAGAGCUUUGAAAGAGAGGGGUCAGUGAGAGAGAGAGAGAGAGAGAGAGAGAGAGAGAGAGAGAGAGAGAGAGAGAGAGAGAGAGAGAGAGAGAGAGAGAGAGAGAGAGAGAGAGAGAGAGAGAGAGAGAGAGAGAGAGAGAGAGAGAGAGAGAGAGAGAGAGAGAGAGAGAGAGAGAGAGAGAGAGAGAGAGAGAGAGAGAGAGAGAGAGAGAGAGAGAGAGAGAGAGAGAAACACAAUUAUGAGUUAAAGAAAAUGACGAAGAAAUCUGGCAAAUCAUGUUAUCUUGGGUGGAGUGAGUGAAAAUAAAUGAGAAUGAGCGAAGAAA